AUAAUGCUUGGCGGCCGGGGAGGUUCCCAAGAUGGCGGCGCCCACGAGCGGCAGAGGCGCGAGCGGGUCGGACUCGGAGAGCGGCAGCAGCGCGGAGGACUGGGAGCGGUUCCGCGAGGCCGCCUGGGACCCGGCGGGGCAGCGGGCAGCCACAGGGCGGCCGGAGCCCAGCAGCGGUGGCUUAAGGACAGACAAGCUACCAUCAGCUCAGCCAAGUCUCAGGCAGAGAGUGAAUGAUCAUGACCAAGAUGGGAACGAGUUACAGACCACACCAGAGUUCAGAGCACAUGUUGCAAAGAAACUGGGAGCAAUGUUAGACAGCUGCAUCACUGUCUUGGAGGGUUCACCACGUUGUGGAUGGAUUUCCAUACAAGCUGCUGACUUUGAAGAUGAUGGCUUUCGCUUAUUCUCCUCAUCUGUCCCAGGAGAUUGUGGAAAAUCAGAACCUUCCCACUCAGCCAGGAGGCAAAGAACUUCCAGUUCCAGUGAACUAGACAGUGACCAGGAAUGGCAGAGGUGCCAAGAGGCUGCUGUAUCAGCAGCAGACAUCCUGAAGCAGAGUGCUCUUCCUGGGGUAUCCCAUGACUACAACCAGGCCCAGAAUCAAGAGUGCACAGAGCACAACCAGAAGAAGAAGAAGAAGAAAAUGAAGAAGAAGGUUAAAGGAGAGAGUGAUAAUGAUCAACAGACACCAGAAGCGGUCAGGUGUGGUGAGACCAGCAAGAAUGCUCUAUGUCCCAUUCUUAGCAAUGGAGAGCGUGAGCGGCAGGAAGGUAGAUAUAAAGAGGCCAGAUCAGUGAAGAAGAAAAAGAAGAAGAAAAUCAGGAAAGAAGAGAAUGCAUAUUCUAGUCUACAGACUGCAGAUGGUCAGGAUGGAUGAAGGGCACUGAAAGGUUAACAGCAAAAGGUAGUUCCUGCAGAAUGUCUUCUGCUGGCAGUGGGGGAGCAUAAUUGCCAAAGUUGCUAUUUUAGGGUUUCAGAGCAUUGGGAGCUUAUUUAAGUGGCUGCCCAUGUUGUGACAUCUAUUGGGAAACAGAAUGGAAUACCAAGCACAGAGCAGAUACCUGCACUGCUGCUUAGGCAGACCUUGCUUGGAGGGAUGUGGUAUUUUGCACAGCCUUUGAUAAUACAGUGACAUAUUCAUAGUCCCUUCUGCCCUGGUUUGAUCCUUUUGGUGUCCAGGACAAUGGAUCCGGUCUGAGCAUAUAUGUGACAAGCUGAUUUUGGUGGAAAUGGGAGCAGAGAAUCAGUUCUGUUUCACUUCUCUUGUCACCUCAUGCCAGAACCAACAGAUGAACACCUCCAUCCAGUGACAGAGACUGAUUCAUUCAAUAGCAUCCUGAUGGGUGUUAGGAGUCCACUUACAUCUCCUGCAGUCACUAUCACAUUAUCAAAACCUGCUGUGUUAUUAAUUCCCUUGUCACCUGCAUUCUCCUGGACUCCCAGGCUAACAGCUGCUGAAGGAGCAUGGAGUUGUAUGUUGUUAUAAACUGGUGUUUCUUUCAGAGCUAUGCCCUUUGAAGCUUUAUUUUCAUAGUAUUACACCUGCCACGUGCAGUAGAAUUUAAUAACAGCCAACACCUCUCGGUCUCAUUUGAUGUAUCACGUAUUGUUCACAAGUGAUCUGUGCUUCCACUCAGAUGGACAUUUGCAGCAGGGUUGCGUAUGUCACAUGAUUUUAUGUGCACAGCUGUUUAUAGUAACUUGAUGGUCAGUGCUGUAGCAUUACUGGAAACAGGUGCUCUCCAGCUUAGUUUGGCAUUUCCUGUAUUUAUGUCCUUAUUUGGACCUGAUCAGUCAGGUCAGUUUAUUUCUCUGAGACUCAGCAAUUUUCACCACUGUUCUUAUUUUCUUAAUAGAGGUCUGCAAUUCUAAUAAAGCAGGUCAAAAUCCA